AUGGACGUCGAUGUCGUGGCCGGUGUUCCCUUCAUGGAGGCCAAUGACAUCACGGUUCGGCCUGCCAGACGUCAGGUCAUCCUUGACGAUGGUAGCGUGUACCAGUAUGGUCCAAAGAAAGGGCCCUCUACCUCGCCUUCAGUACGCCGUGCGCAGAGUUAUGUUCUGCAUGCGCAGUCGUCCACUACUACGAUAUGGCCAGGAGCGGAUGCAAAACGCAAUCUCCAUGAAGGCUUAGUACCUGAUGCCUCGCUCGCUCUAGAGCCUCGCACGGACACUGCUGCUACCCAGUCAGUGAAGGUGUCACAAGUGUGGCCCCAACCGGGCAUCGUAGACAGUGUUGGCGGCAAAAUUCACCACUCAUCUACAUUGUGGCGCUACUUCAUCACAUUUGAUGUUAAGGAGCAGCUGCGCACUGUGUUUGAUAAUGACGAUACAAGAAAACACCUUCAGAUUGGUGCAAAGCGCAAGUCAUGUGAUCUCUAUGCUGGUAACCUGUACCGUAAACUUCCGCUUGGAGAUGAUGACAUAACGGUGUCAUUGAACACAGAUGGUAUGCAAGUGUUUGUUUCUUCAAAUUUUAGCAUUUGGAGGAAAAAUAUCUUUCUGUGUGGACUCUGGUUUGGCAGAUCAAAGCCAGACAUGAAUACCUUCCUGAAGCCAUUUGUCUCGGACAUGAAUGAACUAGCUGUGCAUGGGGUUGAAUGGAAUGAUGGCACCCAUACACACAAGAGCAGAGUGAUUGUGGCAACAUGCUCUUGUGACUCACCAGCAAGAUGUCUGGUCCAAAACACUUCUCAAUUCAAUGGGCAUUAUGGAUGCAGUUGGUGCUUGGCACCUGGUGAGGUGCUUCCUGUUGGAAAGGGAUAUGCACGUGUUUACCCUGCUGGCAGUGAGAUACAUCCAAGGAGGUCCCAGAGUAACCAUAUUGACCAUGCACGAAUAGCUCUACAACAGAAUAAACCACACCUUGGAGUUAAGGGGCCAUCAGUGUUAUUUCUGCUUAUGUACUUUGACAUGAUUAAUAACUUUGUUGUUGAUUACAUGCAUGCUGUGUGUCUUGGUGUUGUGCGAACUGUUACUGGUUUAUGGUUAGAUAGCAGUAAUCACACAAAAGCAUAUUACAUUGGUACGUCAAUAAGGCAUCUUGAUGAACGUUUGGCAAGCAUCAAACCUCCAUCAGAAAUUACCCGGUUUACAACCUCACUGAACUUGAGAAAAAGCUGGAAGGCCAGUGAAUGGAGGGCAUGGCUACUCCAUUACUCAGCUGUUGUCACCAAUGCAUUUUUACCACAACCUUAUUACAAUCACUGGAUGAUUUUAGUGACAACCAUGCAUUUACUCCUGGCUGAAAAAAUUGAUCAGAAAACAAUUCAUUUGUGUGAGUUUCUUCUUAUAGAUUUUGUAGUCCAGUUUGAAGUGUUGUAUGGGAAAGAAGCCAUGAGAUUCAAUGUCCAUCAAUUACUGCAUCUUACAGAAUGUGUGCAUAAUUGGGGUCCAAUCUGGACAUACUCAACAUUCCCCUAUGAAGGAAUGAAUGGAAGAUUAGCAAAAAUGUUUCAUGGCACACAGUGUGUUCAUAAACAAAUGAAUGUGUUUGGUUUUGAUAAAUCUACAACACAGGCUAAUGAGAGUGUGUACUGUCUAGGAUUGCCUGUUAAGUUUACACUGAAUGCUACACAAUCAAAAGCAUUACACUCUCUUGGAAUUAUUCAAAAUAAUCCAAAUGUCCGGGCAUAUCGAAAAGUUGUAACUAAUAGUGGGCUGACUUUAGUAUCUAAGCUUAUUCAGCACAAACGUCAAAAAAGAAACAAUUCAUGUGUACAAUUUGGGAAUGACAAGAUUGGUUCACUUGAAAUUAUUGUGUCAGUUUGCAAGGACAGAUGUGAUGCUGUUAUGUGUGAGUGCCAGAAAGAGUUCUGUUGUAUUCUUAAAAGCAUUAACACAACCCGUCCUAUGUUCGCAAGAUCUACAGAGAAUUACAAAGUAAAGCUGGAAUCUGUAAGAGCGGUUGUAUUUACAAACGUAACUGUAGCAUGCAUGUUAAAUGAUAUAACUGGAAAGUAUGUUAUGAUGGACCUUAACACAAAACAGUUUGUGUCUCUCCUUCCAAGCACGUUAGAACUGGAUUAAAUAUGUUAAUAACACAUCCAGUUCUACUGUGCUUAACACGUACUACUGUGUAUAACACUGUUAUAUCGUUUUAUUAUACGACAUGAAAGUUUGUAUAUAUGUCGUAGUGAAUCAGGACCGUUGCAAACCGUGCAUUGUUAUCAAUAUUAACUGUUAUAUUUACUUCCCUAAUCAUGUAACUCAUCAUUAAUGAAGUUUGUUGCUGGGAGCCACCUGUCUCAAUAUUUUAUGGAUGCACAGUAUGACUACCUGUACUGUAUAAUAUUUCUACAGAACAAAUCGAAUUGCUUUGAAUACUAUAUUUUUGUGUAAUUUUUUUUCUA